GCCAAACAUACCUUUUUAGUUAAAAACCCAUCAAUUUUUACGGAUUUGGAAAGACAUUUGAUGUUAAAGCCCGGCCCGAAUGUUGAUCAACUCAACAGAAGCCUCAACCUCAAACGCCCAUAACUUUUUUUUUUUUUUAAAAAAAAGUCGAAAAACUUUUAAAAGGGCAAAAUUAGUGUGAUGAUAUUUCCGGUAACCGGAAAAUGGAGAAAAGCCGAAUAUUAAUAAUUGGAGCAACUGGAAAAUUGGGUUAUCACAUCGCAAAAGCUAGUAUUGAUGCAUCCCACCCUACAUUUGCUCUUAUCAGAGAAACAUCAUUUUCCGACCCUCUAAAAUCUCAGAAACUCCAAAUUCUUUUAGAUGCUGGUGCCCUUCUUUUUAAGGGUUCUUUGGAAGAUGAGGAGAGUUUACUUGAAGCUGUGAAAAAAGUGGAUGUUGUAAUUUGUGCUAUCCCAUCUAAGCAAGUUCUUGCUCAGAAGAGUUUGAUUCGUGCUAUUAAACUUGCUGGUUGUAUAAAGAGAUUCAUUCCUUCGGAAUUUGGAUCAGAUCCAGACAAGGUGCAAAUAUCUGGUAUGGACCAUAAUUUUUAUUCAAGAAAAGCUGAAAUAAGGCGGCUUGUGGAAGCUGAAGAGAUUCCAUACACAUACAUCUGUUGCAACUUCUUCAUGAGCUAUUUACUCCCGUCUUUGGUUCAACCUGGGAUUAAAGCUCCUCCAAGGGACAAAAUUACAAUCUUUGGAGAUGGAAAUGUCAAAGGUGUGUUCGUGAAAGAAAUUGAUGUUGCUGCCUUUACAAUUAGUGCAGUGGAUGAUCCACGUACCUUGAAUAAGGCGAUGUAUUUGAGACCAGAAGGUAACGUUUACUCCAUGAACGAACUGGUCGGUGUUUGGGAAAGUAAGAUUGGGAAAGAAUUAGAGAAAGUAUAUGUUUCAGAAGAAGAGCUCCUUACCAAAAUCAAAGAAACCCAAUAUCCAAACAACAUGGAGCUUAUCUUCAUAUACUCUGCUUUUGUGAAGGGGGAUCAGACCUACUUUGAUGUCGAGGCAUCUGGUGGCGUGGAAGGAACUAUGUUAUACCCUCACCUUAAGUACACUACAAUAAGCCAGUAUUUAGACACCCUUCUGUGAAAUUUAGUGUAUAUCAAUCAAACUGGUUAUCUCUAGGUUGAGCAUGUGUGGUUACCGUAUUAUGUAGGUAGAAUAUAGAGGUCCAGUGACGAAUUGAGUUACUGGAACAGAACAUUGAAACUCAUGCCUUGCCUAAACACUUAUAUUUAUCGUCAAGGCUCCCUGGUACUUAUUUUUUUUUCCUUACAUACACCCAUCAGGAGUAUAUUCUAGAAUGUGGAUUAGUGACCGCGCAGUUUAAUUAAAAUUUACACGAGACAAAUUGAAUUUAGAGGUAUACUAAAAGGAACUUGAGACUAAUUGAACUUGGGUCUGACCGUGCGGAUGUACCUUGAAUUACUAGUAGGUUCACACCUUUGUGGGUAAAUAGACAACCAUUUUUUUUGAAAUAUUUUGGAGGAAAACAGAUUAAUUCUUUUGAAACUAAUCUGGUUCUAGUUUUAAUAUAAUACUAUAAUAAAAAUAAAAAUAAAAAAAAUGAUUGGAAGCCAGGUUUUAAUUUGUAACAAUAGGUCCCAUUGAUAAUUAAAAUGCAGUAUUUCAUUUUAUAAUAUGAUGUUGAUCACUUUGCUGCA